CUUUUUCUUCAGCCAAUGAGUGACUCACUGAAAAGCAAAGCAGGUAGUACAAAGCAAAUGGCUUUUUCAUUCGAUUCUUCGUCAUUUCCGAAUUCCAAUCGUGCUUGCAAGUCUGGUGCUUUGCCUUCAAUUCUCUCUACCUCUGGGCAUAAGUGCUAGUUUUAUAAUGGCUUACAUCCCACCACACAAGCGAAACUCAAUUGGAGCUGAGAGGCCGGUGCCAACUCCGGACAAGCUUGCUCCUUUAUUUAAGAGAAAUGUAAAUGUAAGGUCAUCAAAGUCUAAUGAUAAUUGGACUGGGAAGGUAAUUUGGGCAGACCAAGCCAUUUCGAAAUGGUGGGCACUUGGUUUGGAUGAUGACACCCAGUUUCCAUCUUCUGUUAAUCUUGAACUCAUUUCCUUGGAAACCAUUGAGCACAAAAUCGGAGAAAAGCAUCUAGCUUUAAUGAAUUCUGGUCUUGCUACUGAAGGUAGUGAGGUGAAAUGGGACUUGCCAAAGAGUCCUUGGGUGUAUAUAGCAGAGAAUGUGCUUGAAGACCUAAUUGCGUCUUUUGACAAUAUGAGGAAGGAAAUGGAGUCCCCAAAGUUAGAAGAACUGAAGCCUAAUUUGGUUGCUCGAGUUGGAAAAGUUCUCUUCCAUAGGAGCCCUUCAGUUAACCAGGAAUCUCUGAGAGAAAACUUGACUACAAAUAUGUUGAAAAAUUGGAAGAGAUCAUUUUACACAAAUGUUCCUGUUUCCUAUACGGAGAAGAUUGUAAACGAAGUUGUCCCGAAUAUUGGGGUUGAUUUUGAAUCGGAGAAAGAUAUGUACCUAGUAAAGUUGGCUGAUUCCACAACACCAGAUUCAACUCUCCUCUGCAAAUGUAGUGUGAAAGCAGAUGGAAAGCUACAACUCUACAAGGUCGAACUAAACCAAGUGCGUAAUAUGGUGAUGGAUACAUCCAUCCCUAAUAAGAAUCUGGACCUGAGACUGAUGUUAAACAUGAAGAGAGUCAUAACAACUCAUACUGAUGAUGAUAUGCAAAGCAUUAGGGAUCUGGUUGAUUCUGCGAUUACAGAUCCAGAUGUGAAGGGUGGGUUGAGAUGGCCCCUGGAGAAGACAUCUUCUGGAAAGUACAAUGUUGUUGGGGCCUGGCAUGUAAGAGCCAAGGAAUAUAAAACUAAGUCAUUAAGAUUUAAGGUCAGGCAUGCCGAUCGAUUUGAUUUCAGAACCUCAAUUGGUGAAGCUUCUUGGGAGAUCAGUCUGAGGUUGAAAAAGCUAGUCUCAAAGUUGAAGGAAGAGAAGGUUGACAUCGACUCUGUUUCUGAGAUGCUGGAGGAAAAUAUGAAGUUCAUAUAUGACAACUUCUUAAGCUGUGAAAGUUUUCUCACAUGAAAGUACAUGUUGUAAACCGAUCUCUCUAUUGUUAUUUCAUCGUUGCAGAGUGAGGAUAAACUAAAAUAGAUUGCCACAGCUGGUUUACUGUUGAUGCAGUGCUGGGGUUGUGUAUUUUGAAUAUAUAGUGUAAUGCAUAAAGCUAUUUACUUGGUAUUUAAUCUGUCUACUUCAUGUAUAAGAUGUGCUUGAGAUUUGAUGACCUUUUGGUUACAA